AUGAGGCUGGUUCUAGUCAAACCCACCAAUGCAACGCGUCGGCUUGAUUCAACAGGAGACGCUUGCAACGACCGAGACCCCGAUCACUGCAACUCAAGAGGGCAGUUCCUACCAGACAAAGCCCCUGAGGUCAUGCAGUAUCGCUACUCUGGAACUGCCCUCCAGCACCAAACAUCAGUACCAGAGCAGAGCACUAACAGCAUGUCCCCUUUAACUUCUCUGCCACUGGCUACCCCGAAUGGAGUCGCUCCACCAAGGAAAUCGCCACCAUUAAAAACACGUUGCACUACACUUUCACAACUGAGCAAUCAAGAUCUCCUCCGCUUUUGUAGCCAGGUGGGCGGUACUCUUGAACUGCAGUGUGGAAGCCCACUCAUGGCCGAGUGGCAUGGGACCACGGUGGGACGUUCUGAUGAGGACUGUGGCUCUGUUCACUAUUCUCCUAGCACAAAACAUGGUUCAGGGUUGGCAGGUUUCCAGCCACGAUCAAAGCAGGGCUUCUUGAAGGACUGCCUCUCCACAUUUCCCAAGAAGGGCACUCCUCCUUCUUUGCAGUAUACUCACUCCUAUCCUCAGAACACCCUGGUCUCAUCGUCAUCCCAGUUUUUCAGGCAGGAACCAAAUCAAGAGGAUCCCUCAACAGAGACUGUCGAUCACCAGCAGGAUCAUUUCACAUCCCGAUGCAGAGGAGAAGACUGGCUGAAGGAGUAUAGUCAAUGGCAGCAGACCCAUAAUCAUUUCAAGCUUAAAGAGCAUAACCUACCACCAGUCUCAACUACUGAAAAACCAGAACCUUCGCUCAAUAUACCUAUGAAUGGCAAUGAGUCAAGUGAAGUUAGGCAGCUCUUUGUUUUGUCUCAACCUCAAGACCAGCAGCUACCUCCCAUAGAAAUGCAACACCAAUGGAUGUUAAGGAGUGGUUUACCUAGCUGCUGUGCCAAUGAAGAUGGAGUACAUUGUGGGAGCCAACAACCUUCCUUACACCAGCAUCAAGACCCUGAAUGGCAGCAUUGUUGUGAUCAUUUUAGCACCCUAAAAUGCCAUCAGUUUUCUCUCUACCCAUCCAUCAGCAGCAGCCCACGAGUGAGGAACGCUUCCGGUAGCCAUCGGUGGCCGGAGAACCAUAAUCUAGUGGGAAAAAGGCAACGACAAAGAGAGCAGCAGGUACAUCCUCAUACCAAAAAGGUUGGUCAUGUUGGAUUGACGCCUUCCCUGUCCAAGAGCAGUAGCCCACUCCUUCCCGACACAGUUGUGACCAGUGCUAAAUACAGUGGGGAUGUUGGGAGACUCCUGAGCAGCCUUGGAGCUUCGCCACCAAACCUUUCAGAGCUGGACUCAGAGAGACAAGAGCCCCUCCAGACACUCCAAAGGUCCGUCUUGGAGGAGGUGUUCUCGAAAGGCUUCAGCGAGAACAACAGUAAGGCCAACAGUGAAGGAGCAAGAGACGCGCCACAGAAGAGGACCAAGGAUAUUGGCUAUAGAUUGAGCCAGCGUAGGGCGCUCUUUGGAAAGCGCAAACAGUUGAGCGACUAUGCCUUGAUCUUUGGGAUGCUUGGAAUCGUCAUCAUGGUGAUGGAGACGGAACUGUCCUGGGGGGUUUACACGAAGGUAAGAAAUGUCUCUAUUGCAGUGGAUUGAUAAUAAUAAUGUAAGCUAGCAUUGGUAAAACAGGACUGAUUCAAAAGAGGGGAUUUCUUAUCUUAAUUGUCUGUCUUCUCUGUAGGAAUCCUCAUACUCAUUUUCUCUGAAAUGCCUUAUCAGCCUUUCAACUGCUAUAUUACUCGGACUAAUCAUGAUGUACCAUACACGGGAAAUACAGGUGAUAUGCCACCAUCCCCAUCUCUACAAUAUUACUACAGUUUUCCCCCUUGCUCUUAUUUUCCCAUUGACUAAAUCCCCUUGUUCGCCCUACUCUCCUUACACACAGCUCUUCAUGGUGGACAAUGCAGCUGAUGACUGGAGGAUUGCCAUGACAUAUGAGCGGAUCUUCCUGGUUCUGCUGGAGCUGCUGGUCUGUGCCAUCCACCCCAUUCCGGGCCAGUACGUCUUCACCUGGACAGCCCGGCUGGCCUUCACCUACACGCCCUCAGUAACCGAUGCCGACGUCGACAUCGUCCUCUCCAUCCCCAUGUUCCUCAGGCUCUACCUGAUCGGUCGCGUCAUGCUGCUGCACAGCAAGCUCUUCACAGACGCCUCGUCGCGCAGCAUCGGCGCACUCAACAAGAUCAACUUCAACACGCGCUUCGUCAUGAAGACUCUCAUGACCAUCUGCCCCGGCACCGUGCUGCUGGUCUUCAGCGUCUCCUGUUGGAUCAUCGCAUCGUGGACAGUGCGCGUCUGUGAGAGGUACAGGCUCCGCCCCCAACACAGUAGGCCAUUCCACUAGCACUGCAUCACUCCUACCCAGUACAUUUCACACUGAAAAUCCUUAUUUGAGAUCAUGAGAGAUUACGGCCUCUCAAGUCUUGAUUAUGGCUCUACUUUGCCUCUCUGCUUGAUAUAGUUCAUACAUUUCUAUAUGUUUAAUUAUAUAAGAUGUUAAUAUACCGUAGGAAAAACCCACUGGGCACAGACGUCAAUUCAACGUCUACUUUUGACUGACAUUUGGUUGAGUUAUCAAUUAACCAGGAAUUCAAUGUGAAAUCAACAAAACAAUUCACCCCGUCAUUUCAGUUAAAAGUCGGGUGGAAAAAAUACAAAAUUCCCUUAUGUCAGUGACUUUUUGCAAACCCAAUCAGUUUUCCACGUUGAUUCCAUGUCAUCACAUAGAUUUUUUGUUGGGAAACAACAUUGAUUCAACCAGUUUUUGCUCAGUGGGUAGAUACAUGUGUUUAUUAUAACAGGUAUGUUUCUUGUUCCUCCAGAUAUCAUGACACACAGGAAGUGACCAGUAACUUCCUUGGGGCCAUGUGGCUCAUCUCUGUCACCUUUCUCUCCAUUGGUUAUGGAGACAUGGUCCCUCACACUUACUGUGGAAAGGGUGUGUGUCUACUGACUGGAAUCAUGGUAUGUUUCCAACACAUUCCCCAUCCACAAGUGUCAAAAGAGAUCUUUGGCAUUCAGGAUGAGGUAGCUCUAGGGCAUUGUUCCCCAACGGGCGGCCCGAGGAUGAUUUUAUUUGACCCUCCAUGAUUUGAGAAAAAAUAUAUAUAUAUUUUGUUGGACAAAAGACUAAAAACACCAUCAAAUUAGCUCCAAGUGACUUUCAUUUUGGAAAUCUGUUCCAAAGUAUUCCCAAGAGAAAUGUAAAAAUAAAUGUUUGUCAUACCCGUGGUAUACGGUCUGAUAUACCACGGCUGUCUUCCAAUCAGCUUUCAGGGCUCGAACCACCCAGUUUAUAAUAUUGAAUAAAUCAUAUAUAACGACUCUUGAAAAUAUUACUGCCUGUGUCUUUUCUCCCCAGGGGGCCGGCUGCACUGCCCUGGUGGUUGCGGUAGUUGCCAGGAAGUCAGAGUUGACCAGAGCUGAGAAGCACGUUCACAACUUCAUGAUAGACUCUCAGCUCUACAAACGAGUAAGUUGACAUUAGAGGUCUUCAUGGCUACAAAAAGUUGUGCCUGACCUGAACUGGACCUGUGGAUUUACUACCCAAACCUGAUACAUACCGAAUAACAACUUUUUUAUAAAUAGACAUUAUAAAAAAAGAUAAUGCCCCCAAUCAGCAACCCAAUAAGCAAAAUGUUGUCGAAAAGGUAUAUUUGUCUAAUGUUGAAGGCAUGUUCAUUUUCAGUUCCAAGGGCAGGUUUAAAGGACCAGUGCAGUCAACAACGUGAUUUUCCUGUGUUUUAUAUAUAUUUUCACACUAUGAGGUUGGAAUAAUACUGGGAAAUUGUGAAAAUGAUGAUAAUGCCCUUUUAGUGUAAUUGCUGUUUUGGUGGGAUGGAGUUUUGCCAUGCCUGGUGACAUCACCUAUUCAAUUUGUGAACAUAAUCCUGUCCUCUUCAUUACUAUCCAAUUAGUAGAAGGCUUUCGAAGUAGUCCAUUUUCUUCUUCUACUACUUCUAUGAGUUGGCAAACAAACUGAAAGGGUGCACACUGCCACCAAGAGUGUGUUGUUUGAACAGGAAUAAAGCCAAGGUUGGCAAUUUACCUCCACCUGCAGUUAUGGAAUGUUUCCUCACAAGUAUAAUUAAUUGGCUGAUCCCCCUGGUGACCUGGAUGGAAUUAUUAUCAUCAUUCAUUAACCCAUAGGAAGUCCAGUUGACUACUUCAAAAUGGUGAAAGUCCUCAAUGGCGCUGCCCAUGCUAACAGGCUUUUGAGCAUUAGUCUAUCUAUAUCUAUGGGCAAGACAGACUCCACUGCUAGGGCAGUCCACUGUGACAGUCUGCCAUGUCAGCCAGUCUGUCAUGUCUCUGUUUUCUUGAAUGUUCCCACAGGUGAAAAACACAGCUGCCAAUGUACUCAGGGAGACAUGGCUCAUCUACAAACACACCAAAUUAGUCAAGAAGAUCGAUCACGCCAGGGUACGCAAACAUCAAAGGAAAUUCCUGCAAGCCAUUCACCAGUAAGUAGUGUGCCUUUUCAAACCGUUGUUAAAUAAAGAUUAGUUGAUUUGUGUGUAUCGGUAUAUGUUAUAACCCUUACCUUUUCUCUCCAUAACUCUCUCCCUCUCCCACUUCACCUUCCCCUAGAUUGCGCAGAGUCAAAAUGGAACAGAGGAAACUCAUCGACCAGGCUAAUACACUUGUGGAUCUAGCCAAGGUGACUAAGCACCUUCAUCAUCAUCUCUAAUUUAUAGAUUUUUUUCUAAACACUGAUCAUAAGAGUUUGACACACCGUUUUUGCUCCACAGACUCAGAACAUGAUGUACGACCUGGUGUCUGACCUGCAGCGGCUCAGCAAGGAGCUGGAUAGGAGGAUCGGUAGUCUGGACGACAAACUGGACUCCCUCCUAGUCAGUCUGCAGGCCCUACCCAGCCUGCUGUCCCAGGCCGUCACACAGCAGCACAGGGACUUCCUGGAUGGCUUGGCCCCCCGUGUACGGACAGCCUCGAAGGGCUCCGAGGACGAUUGGGUUCCCGCCAGGCGCCAA